GUGACCGCUCACACUGGACUAAAUGAACUUCCAGCUGCCGUUGCUGGCGCUGACGUGAUUGUGAUCCCCGCUGGUGUGCCUCGUAAACCCGGAAUGACUCGAGAUGACCUCUUCAACACCAAUGCCGGUAUUGUUCGUGAUCUUGUCGAUGUAGUAGCAGUGGAAGCUCCAAAGGUGAGAAGGACCGAUAGGAAUAUGUUUGCUUUUGUUCUCACCAAUAUAGUGGACUUUGACUCAAAAGAUCACCUGAAGGCUUUGAUUGCUGUCAUCACCAAUCCAGUGAACUCGACGGUGACCGCUCACACUGGACUAAAUGAACUUCCAGCUGCCGUUGCUGGCGCUGACGUGAUUGUGAUCCCCGCUGGUGUGCCUCGUAAACCCGGAAUGACUCGAGAUGACCUCUUCAACACCAAUGCCGGUAUUGUUCGUGAUCUUGUCGAUGUAGUAGCAGUGGAAGCUCCAAAGGUGAGAAGGACCAAUAUGAAUAUGUAUGCUUUUGUUCUCACCUAUAUAAUUUACUUUGACUCAAAAGAUUACCUGAAGGCUUUGAUUGCUGUCAUCACCAAUCCAGUGAACUCGACGGUACCCAUUGCAUCGGAGGUCAUGAAAAAGCAUGGUGUAUACGAUAAGCGACGAAUUUUCGGAGUCACAAUGCUUGACGUUGUUCGAUCACAGGCUUUUGUGGCGCAACUCAAGGUGAGCCUUCCAAUUAUCUUGCAAUGUUACUUUUAC